AUGAGAAUUUGUGUGGUUUGUGUUAUAGUGACACUAUUGUUGGAUGAUACCAGAGGAAAUGAAUUGGAAGGAAGAACCUCAGACAAUACAACAUACAAUAAUUUGAAUAAAGUUGAGGUUCCAGACAGUAAUUUAUUAUUACUGGAUGGGUUGAAUUUGAGACAAAUCUCUGCUAUGGCACACUAUAGUCGACAAAAUUCAGAACAAAACACAACAUCAUCCCGACGUUGCGUUUGUGCUCAAGGGGUCUGUAAAUGUUGUACUGGAUAUUUAAUGGAUUUGAUAAAUCAAAAGGCUUGUAUGAAAAUAACCUAUAACCCUGGAGAUUUUGCUUUCGAUGUUGCAAUGUCAAUGAACGAUAGAAUUCUUUAUGAAAACUCAAUAUCUGGUAAAAACCCAAAGCCAAUGUGUAUAAAGCCACCUAGAUUAUCUAAUUUAAAAGUAUGCGCGAAAUUUUAUAACGUUUUCUUUCCUGGAAGAAAUUUUCACUUUUGUUUAGCGAUGACUGGCAAAUGGCGAUCAUUUCAGUUAUUCAAUUUUGUUUUCGAUUGUUUGCGAAUGGGCGCAGAUGGGAUAACUAUGCUAAGUCCUGAAGAUAAUGGUGGGAUCGUUAUUCCUAAUCCCCAAGGGGGAGUUGAUGCCGUCGUCGAUGCAGGGGAAGACGAUAUUGAAGAUUAUGAUGAGAAUGUAGUUAAAUCUCUUUUAAACAUAUUUGACGAUUGA